AUACGUCAUCACACUGACAGCACGCGCAGCUGGCGGGAAAUACUGGAUUACGAACGCCGAGUUUAUGGUGUUGGUUUUUGUUAUCAAAACAGCUAUGUUGGGAUAAGUUUAAUGUAAAUGCGUCUACUUCAUGUUGUUAGUGUUCCGGGGCUACGCUAUCUGACAGGGACAUGGUUCAAAUACUCGUAAGAUCCAGUGUGGAUGGCAGCAGUCCUCCAGAAUGGCUGCUGGUGGAGCUACAAGGAGAGAUGGUUUCCAGACACAACUCUGGUCUGGCAGGAAAUGUGAUGGGAGACCUGAUGUACACCAAAGAGGGGGUGCCAGUGCUUAUUGUUGGACAUCAUAUUCUAUAUGGGAAGCAGGUCAAACUGGAGAAACCCUUCGCUGUCCUCACCAAGCAUUCCAGCCUUUUGCAGGAUAGCCUGGGCAGCCAAGACAAUGAUGAUGUCACACAGGUACCUAUGGAAACAAACCAGCAAGGACCCACCUCCUACUCCGUGUCGGCCCUCAUCAAACAGAAGCUGAUCUUUAAGACGCGCCCAAAACCCAUCAUCACUAACGUACCCAAGAAGGUUUAGCGUGACUGCAGUUUCCCUGGGUCAGAGGGGCCUUAUUAUGGAACCCACUCAACUUUGAGGCAAGGCCCGCCCUUGAAUUGCAUUCACACACUACUAUUGGCCAGGCGUCCAGGCUUACUCUAGGUAACGUAACCGUAUUUGUUCAGGUCCUUUCCCCUGACCAAUCGGCUUUCCUAACAUUAACCACUCGAGGUCAAUGCCUAACCCCAACCAAUUGAGGUGCUUUGCCAGGCAGGACUUGCUUAAAAGUUACGUGGGAUCCAUAAUAACGCGUCGGAGGUCCUGUGUGUGACGGGAACAAACUGAUCUGGACUAAGACAAAACUGAGUUUAAAAGCUUUUACUUUAGUUUGUCAUCCAGUUCUGAUAUGAUGCGGUUUGAUUAUACAUUUGUUGUACAAUUGAUCAAUAGCUGCAAACCUCCAACCAGGGACUUUAAUGCGGCUCCUUGCAUGUCUGAAUGAAUGUUGUAUUGUUUCCUUGAGAUUCGUAGAAAAUGUUUAAAGCCCCAUGAGGGUUUAAAUGCUGUUUCAAAGGCUUUUCAAAGAAUCACAUUAUUGAUGGAAUACAGAAUAAUCUUCUGUAAAAAAAA